AUGCCGGAAUCCUCAAAUAAUCGAAGGCCUCGAGCCUCUUCGAGUAAAGAAAGCUCCUCUUCUUCGCGACAAAUUACCAUUCCUAAUCAUUCUCUUUCUCGUACGACAUCUUCAACUCCUCACCCGCGUAGUUCGCAGGAAGUUCCCCGUAGACCCAGUACCUCUGCGAGCCAAUUUACGUCUACUUCUUAUAGCGGUAGCCACUCUGCAACAAAUCUGUCCCAUCCGUCAAGGCAACGCCGUCGUACCAGUACAGCGUCAGGGCGUAAAUCCCGCGCAACCUCGUCCGUCUGGGGUUCUGAGUCGCACGAGAUUGUCUGCGCCGUUACUGAGGCGCGAGGCGUAUCUCCAACUGUUGGACUUGCUUUCAUCAAUAUUACCACGAAUGAGGCCAUCCUAAGCCAGAUAUGUGAUUCACAAUUCUAUGUUAAGACUAUUCACAAGAUUCAGAUACAUGAGCCAUCUACGAUAUUGAUCGUCAAUACAGCCUUUCCUCCUAACCCCAAAUCUAGCCUUCUCGCCAUCAUCGAGGAAGAACAUCCGGAUACCUUAGUUGAACCGCUCGACCGCAAGUACUGGUCGGAGAAUGCCGGUUUUGAAUUUAUUCAGACCCUUGCAUUUAAACAAGACUUGGAAGCUAUCAAAGUGGCUGUUGAAGGUAACUUUUACGCUACCUGUUCAUUUGCCGCAGCAGUUAAGUAUAUCGAACUCUCUUGUCGCGUGUCUAUUUCAUCUCACUCCCUUCGGAUCAAGUAUCAGCCGUCAGAAAACACGAUGAUGAUAGAUAUUUCCACUAUCCAUUCUCUCGAACUUAUACAGAACCUUCAGGACGCCAAAUCAAAAGACUGCCUCUUUGGACUCUUGAACGAGACGCUUACUCCCAUGGGCUCGAGAAUGCUUCGAAGCAAUAUACUUCAACCCUCUUGUCAGGUUGACAGUACGCUUAUUCCUCGUUUUGAUGCAGUAGAUGAGCUUACUGUGAAAGAGGAUAUGUUCUUUGAGAUACGAAAAGCCCUUAAAGGAUUUCUAGACGUGGAGAAAUUACUGACUAUGCUUGUAUUCGUGCCUAACCAAUCAUCAAUCCAUGCUUCAGAACAGGCGAUUAACAAUAUCCUUGGAAUAAAGGCUUUCAUUACCGCUGUCCCUUCUCUAUACGAGGCUCUAGGAACGGCACGCACAGAACUACUAACUAGAAUCCGCGAACUAUGCCGCUUGGAGCUUGUUCGACCUAUCAUGGAUCUUAUCGCAGCUACAAUUAAUGAGGAUGCGACAGCGACGAAGUCGCCUCUUGACAUGAGGAAUCAAAGAACAUAUGCAGUCAAAUCUGGAGUGCACGGGCUAUUGGACGUUGCUCGUCAAACUUACAAGGAGGCAACAGAAGAUGUUCAUCGGCAUAUUGAAAAUAUCAAUGAGGAACAUAACCUCACAGCGGAACUGAAGUUUGACCCCAACCGAAAGUAUUGGUUGCAGCUUAGACACAGCGAUUUUGACGAUCGUGCGAUUCCAGAAGUCCUCAUAAACAGGGUCCGAAAGGGAGCUUGGAUUCAAUGCCAAACUCUAACCUUGGUCCAAUUCAACCACCGUAUCACGGACUCCCAUAACGAAGCUAUCAUGCUUAGCGAUAGAGUCAUUCAGGAACUUAUCAAAGCGAUAAGAGCGCACAUACCAAAUCUCUUUCGUAUCUGUGAGAGCAUUGCUCUAUUGGAUAUGAUCGCAUCGUUUGGUCAAUCUACUACUACUCGAGGCUAUGUGCGGCCCGAAAUUGGGAAUACGUUAGCGCUCAAAGGUGCAAGACACCCUAUUUGUGAACGCGUAAACCCUGAACGAUUCGUGCCGAACGAUGUCUUCGCAAACGAACAGCACCGCUUUCAGAUAAUCACUGGCUGUAACAUGAGCGGAAAGAGCACUUAUAUCAGGAUGAUAUCUCUUCUGCAAGUGAUGGCUCAAGUGGGCUGUUUUGUGCCAGCUCAAUAUGCGGCCUUUCCAGUAAUCCAACAAAUUUUCGUGCGAAUGUCCACUGAUGAUAGUAUCGAAGCUAAUAUGUCAACAUUUUCGCUUGAAAUGCGAGAGAUGGCAUUCAUACUAAGGAAUAUCAACAACAGAAGUCUCGUAAUCAUUGAUGAGCUUGGACGCGGAACUAGCACAAGAGAUGGUCUCGCAAUAGCGAUGGCCAUAUCUGAGGCAUUGAUUCAGAGUCAUUCGUUCGCAUGGUUCUCAACUCACUUUCAACAACUCGCGAAAGUACUGGGCAGUCGGCCAGGUGUUUUGAACUUGCAUCUGGCUACCGAAGUGUAUGAGACAGAUAGCGGUAAUCCGAAAAUGACCAUGCUAUAUAAAGUCACCUCAGGGCAGGUUCAGGAAGAUCAUUACGGCUUAAAUCUCGCACGUGCAAUUGGAUUUCCAGAAAGGUUUAUUGAAGUUGCUGAAGAGGUCUCGACGUCGCUCGCAGAGAGUAUCGAAAGAAAGAAGCAAAGUUCGCAAUCCAGAAAACUGCUUCGACGUCGAAAGCUAAUAUUGAAUUUGCAAGACACUCUCCUCCAAAUGCGAGAGUCAGAUAUGGAUGAUGGCGCACUGGGUAGCUAUCUUAGGCUGCUUCAAAAAGAAUUUGUGUCCAGGAUGGACGAGAUUGAACAAGCUGGAGUAAUCGAUGAAGAGGAGUCCCCUAGCUUGCUUGAGACACUGGCGGAACUAAAAGAAGAUAGGUAA